AUGUCGGAUGUACAGCCAACGCUGGCCACGCAUCCCCGCUUUAUGGGGAUGCGAGGCCGAUCACUGGAUUUGAUGGUUUCAGUCAUUGCAACCACGGGAUUUCUGCUGUUCGGAUAUGAUCAGGGUGUCAUGUCAGGGAUCAUCUCUGCUGAGCCGUUCAUGAACUAUUUCCCAGAGACACUCCACAACAGUACCUGGCAGGGAUUCGUGACAGCUAUCUACGAAAUUGGGUGUCUCUUUGGCGCCGUAUUAAUGCUGGUUUUCGGCGAUGCGCUCGGGCGACGCAAAGGAAUCAUGGGUGGCGCAAGCAUCAUGAUUCUCGGGACGAUCAUCCAAGUGGCUUCGUUCAAAGGCCACAAUGCGACCGCACAAUUCAUCAUCGGUCGUGUUGUUACUGGUGUAGGCAAUGGCAUGAACACCGCGACAAUUCCAACGUACCAAGCCGAGUGCUCCCGAACCAAGAACCACGGUCUUCUCAUCUGCAUCGAGGGCGGCGUUAUCGCUUUUGGCACCCUUAUCGCAUACUGGAUCGACUUUGGAUGCUCCUACGGCUCGGACAAUUUCUCUUGGAGGUUCCCGAUCUCUUUCCAGUGCGUGUUCGCGCUCAUAGUGCUUUUUGGCAUGAUCUGGCUACCGGAAUCACCACGCUGGUUGUUGACAAAAGACCGUCAUGAAGAUGCGGCCAAGGUUAUCUCCGCGCUGCGCGGUCACGCCGUAGAAGAUGAAGAAACACGUUUCGAGGCACACAUCAUCAUGGACAGUAUCCGAGCUUCUGGUCAUAAGGGAGGCAUCACGCCUUUCAGUGCGCUUUUCACAAAUGGCAAGACGCAGCACUUCCGACGAAUGAUGCUGGGUGCUUCCUCUCAGCUCAUGCAGCAAAUUGGUGGUUGUAAUGCUGUCAUUUACUACUUCCCCCUCCUCUUCGAGAACUCGAUUGGCGCAACGCACGAUUUGGCGCUCCUCCUUGGCGGCGUAAACAUGAUCGUGUACUCCAUCUUCGCCACUACAUCCUGGUUCAUUAUCGAACGCACCGGCCGUCGGAAGUUGUUCCUCAUCGGUACUGUUGGCCAAGGUCUCUCCAUGGUCUUGGUAUUUGCAGCAUUGAUCCCGGGCACCAAGAGCGCUGCGAAGGGUGCAGCAGUUGGCUUGUUCACGUACAUUGCCUUCUUCGCUGCAACCUGGCUACCAUUGCCAUGGCUCUACCCCGCGGAAGUCAACCCAGUCAAAACGCGCGGCAAGGCGAAUGCAGUGUCGACGUGCACGAACUGGCUCUUCAACUUCCUCGUCGUCAUGAUCACGCCAAUCAUGAUCGACCACAUCAAAUGGGGCACGUAUUUGUUCUUCGCGUGCAUCAACGCGUCUUUCCUGCCGUUUAUCUGGAUCUUCUACCCGGAAACGAAGCAACGCAGCUUGGAAGAAAUCGACUUGAUCUUCGCCAAGGGCCACCUGGAGAACAUGAGUUACGUCAAGGCUGCGAAGGAGUUGCCGUUCAUGGAUCCUCGUGGCAUCGAGCAGAUGCAGCGACAGUAUGGCUUCUUCGACGACGACGGCUCGGAUGGCUUGUAUCCUGGCGUUGCGUCUGAGAAGGGAGGGGAUGCUGUUAUCGACGAUGUGAGGGCAUGA